AUGAAAUUCAGCUCCAAAUUAAGAAAGAAAGAGGUAAUGGAAUAACAAACCUGCCAAAAGAAGAUUCUAAUCUUUAAGAAUCACCAAUGUUCAGCCUUGCUUGGGGAAAGCAGAAAUUUAAUAUAAAAUGGAUGAAGUCUUUCAAUACCAACCCUCCCUAAUACAGCCAUAGCUNUAGGUUCAUGUUUAAGAAAGUUAAAUCAAUAUGAAGAUGCAAUCAAUUGGUUGGAAAAAGUAUUAGCUAUUGAACCUAAGCAUGUUAAUUCCUUAAGUGAGAAAGGUAACUGAAUAAUAAAUAUAUUAAUAGGUUAAUGCUUAAGAUUGCUGAAAAAAUAUAAUGAAUCUUUAGAAUUACUUGAUUAAGCACUGUCCAUCAAUUCGCAACAUACGUUUUCCCUUAAUCGCAAAGGUAUCAUAACAUUGUAUUUGUUUUAGGAGAUUGUUUAAGAGAUUUAUAACAAUAUAAAGAAGCUCUAAUUUAUUAUGAGAAAUCAUUAAAGAUUGAGCCAAAUAAUCAAUAUACAAUAAUCUAAAAAUGUAUGCUUUAUUUAUUAAAUUAGAAUUUUGCUAAAAGAGAUAGAAUAAAUGA